AUGCUGCAGCAUACGAGUAGGUUGCUUGCGGCCUCGCCAGGGGUCGGAAUCGCUCCGGAGACGACACCUGUCAAGUACGUCCCAUCCAUGCUGAACAUCCAGAACAUGAUGUGGUGGAACGGACGGCGUAGCACGUACCGCGCGACCUACCGCGAGAAGACGUGGUAUGAGGUGAGCCGCAUGGGCGCAUAUGCGAAGGGGCGGCGCCCCAUCAUGCGCCAAAAGUACUCUCCGGAGGCGCUGCGAUUGGCGCUCUCUAUGGUGCCGGAUUGGUUUGAGGUGGCGGACGUGCCGCGCCCGCCCCAGCGCAUUCGUGCGCAGUCUGAGGGCAUUGUAGGGCGCUGGUACAGCAACUUUUGGACACUGCACGCGGUGAGGUAUCAGUGUCGGCUGGCCAACGUGGAGUGGCCCUUCGGGGAGCGGCAGCGGCCACGUACAAACUACGACGAGCCUUUCUUCUUUGUUGACUUUGAGGAGAGCAAGGCGGUGAGGGACUACCGCAGUCGUUGGAUCAACGUAAAUCGUAGUUUGGUAGGCAUGACAAAGCGCAUGAAGGAGGCGGAGGAGGAGACGCGUUACAUGCAAUUCCGGAAGCAGCAGGACACAUUCUGGUCCAACCGCAAGGUGUUAGUAAACCGCGUGAAGUCGAUGUAUAAUCAAGGCACCAUGGCAUCCGCCAAGGAAUUGCCCAUCAAGACCAUCAAUAUCAAGGCGUUCUUAGCGGAAUGA